AUUUUGUUGUUGUAAACCGCUGUCCAAAAGUUUAUCGUCCGUGUUCGUUUUCGUUCGAGUCGAGCGCGCGCAAAUUUCCACGAAACCAUUUUGAUUCCCGUCUGCCGCGCAACGCCCUCCUUUCGUGGUAUCAUUCCGUGGGGUCACGCAUUUAAAUACCCUCGCUCGUCGGGAAAGUCAGCUGACUGGAAGAUUUAAAUCCCCGCGAGUAGACUUCCAACUUCCAACGCGAACUUGGCGCGCAACUUAUGAAUGAAACGCCGGGACUCAUUCAUAAAACGCUUUCACUUAGCCUCAUUCCCUCGAAGUCGGUCCAGCAGUGAACAUCGUCGCCGGUUCGGUGCGAUUCCCGGAACUCCGAAGAAGUAUAGUGAAGUUAGUUAGUGCACGUAACAAAAGAAUUGAGCCAAAAACGUAACCGAAAGAUGUCGGUCAGUCAGGAAACGCUGGACAUGAUCACGGCGGCCAUCAAGAACGGAGACAACGUGCAGGGUUCGCUGGUCCGCUCGAAGCUGACCAACCGGCUGGUGUGGAGCUCUCCCGAAGUCGACGAGAACGAUCCGUACGGGCAGUACCUGAGGAUGAUCGGCCAGGGCAGGCAGCUGAUGGCGCCGCCGAAGACGACGGGUGCCGGUAGUAGUAGUAGUACCGGAGGACGCAUGAUUCUGGGGGAGAAUCAGCAGCAGCAACAGCAUGUGAUGCAUGAAAAUGUGAAUGGCGCGCGCCGGAACGGCAAGAAGCAUGACAAGGAAAACUGGCGCGACCAGUGGGAGAUUCUGAAGAAGCCCGGCAACUACUGCAGCCUAUGCAAGAACAACAAGGAAGGAAGGGAGAUCUAUCUGUCGCACAAUCUGAAGGGACCGAACGGCGAGGUGACCUGCCCGAUACUUAAGGAGUGCGACUGCCCGUGCUGUGGCCAACGGGGACAUACCAUCGCGUACUGUCCGGAGAAUCAAACGGGAACCAGCGUCCUCAAGACAAUCAAUCGUCACAACCGAAUCUAACUAGAACGCACUUGUGACCCAUGCGUGAUCCCUCCUUAUUCGUUGGUACCCCUGCUCGUUGUGGGUACUACCACCACUUCUGUGUGUUAUUUAUUGUAUCUAUUUAUUUAUUUAUUGACUCACCCUUUAUUGGAUGCUAAUUGUACAAUUUUUGCUACUAACACCAUUUACACAAAUGUAACGUUUGAUAGAACUU